AUCCUUGUCGGUACACCCCGUUCCGAUCCGAUGUGGCGUAGUACGUCUCACUGGGUUCAUGCAGCUGCAACUGGUAUCACCGCCCCUGACCUGAUGGUAAUGGUCGCCAGCUGUUGACCUUGUCGGGCCCGAGCUGAGAGACACAAAAUACCCUUUACACCUGGCGAUGUUUUGGCCAUCGCGUCACUUUUAAAAGACGGGAUCCGCCUUGUUAUGUUUUUUUCUCGAGGAAGAAACAAUAACGUGUAGCAAACAAUCAUGUUUACUUGUACGAGGCGUGAAGCUUUCUUGUCCGUCUUUCUUCUGUUGAUGUUUUUCGUCUUCAUGGUAAUGUACCACCGUGAUACAAACCACGACAACACGAUGCUGUUGAAAUACCUCCUUCCCGCGCAAUCCUCCUCCUCGGUCGGCAACACGAAAGAGUCGUGUCUAGGAGAACAGAAACUGCACCAGGAUCGAAUCCGACUCUCAAGGAUGCUCAAUUCGAUGAAACACAACUUCUCCAGACAGAGCUGUGAAAUGCUGGAAGUGCGCAAGAAAUCGGGAGAAAACAUAGACCUUAGAGUGUCGGCAACUGGAGGAUGGUGCAAAGCGGUAAGCAGCUCGACUGGAGGAAACCACGCACACGACAGACUUCUUGCUGAAGACCUGUCGAAAUUCUUUGAAGGAAAAGCAGUAGCAAGCUUCGGCGACGGGCCAGGCGACUACAAAAAAUACUUCGAUUCCACAAAGCGCCUACGACUCUACGACGCUUACGACGGCGCCCCCUAUGGGAAGGAGACGAGUGGAGGUGUGGUAGAAUUCCUUGACCUCACGGCGCCGCAGUACGGACUUCCGCUCUAUGACUGGAUUAUAAGUUUAGAAGUUGCCGAACACAUCCCGAGAAUGUACGAGGGUAUCUACAUUGACAACGUAGUUCGCCAUGCCAAGGAAGGCAUUGUUUUGAGCUGGGCCGUGCCCGGGCAGGGAGGACUGUCCCAUGUUAAUAAACGUCCUCUGAGUUACGUUAAGAAGAUGCUGUACGAGAAAGGUUUUGCUCAUGAUCCAGAGAGUAGUAAACGACUGCAAACAGCGGCCAAACUACGAUGGUUGAGAGCUAACACCAAUGUGUACAGGAGAUUACCGUCGAGUCCAGCAAAUCCCAGGGAUGCAUAGACGAGUUCGCAUGCUUCACAAUCACUCACCAACAUCGCCAUUACGAUCACUGUGUGUACAUGAAUAUCGUUAUUCUGGAUGUCCUUUGCCGGGGAACUGCAUUGCGUUCUAGCAUUGCUGGACCGAAUCGCGAGCACAAUCUCAGUUUAAUAGAAGAUGAGAUGAUCUGUCUCUUGAAAAAUGACAUUUUCUUAGUAAUUUUAAUAGGUGAAUUUUUAUUUCACCUGCCGCGCUUAAAGAAUGGACCACGAUUUUCUUUUUGCAGACCGCUAUUUUGAGCCUUGUAUUGUCUUUACUAAAAGUUAAACGGUUUUUUGUAUUGUCUUUACUAAAAGUUUUUUGUGUGGGUUUCUUGAUAUCAUAUAUUUAUCAUCCAUUAAAGGCUUUUAUAGGGGAUAUCGCUGACACUAUAAUAUGCGAUAUCCCCUAGGAGAUAUCGCUUCUUAUAAUCUUGAUUGGUCAAAGAUUAACCACAAGACAUUAUUUUGUUACGUCACUGUGUAUGUUUCAGUGCUAAACCUAUCAUUAGUGACGUCACGCCACUGUC